ACCAAUAGCACCAUCAUAUUUUGAGAGACGGGGUGAAACAAGCUUCAGGUCGUCGCAAAUGUCGGGCAAUUCCAAUUCAGACAUCUUAAUUGCAGGCGCAAUUGCAGCCUUUACAGUCGAUCUCCUUGUAUACCCGCUCGACACGCUGAAAACACGCAUCCAAUCGCCCAACUAUGCAAAAGUGUAUACGAAUCCGCAAACAGGGAAGCCGAACCCAGCUUUGUUUCGCGGCGUGUAUCAAGGAAUUGGAAGCGUGAUAAUAGCCACACUACCUUCAUCAGGAGCAUUCUUCACAACCUACGAACGCACAAAAUCCCUCUUCACCCGUCUAAACACCACCUCCUCUUCCCCAAGCGGUGUCCUCCCCACACCCCUGAUCCACGCCUCGGCCUCCUCCCUCGCCGAACUCGUCUCCUGCGCCAUCCUCACCCCUGCAGAAGUAAUAAAACAAAAUGCGCAAAUGGUCUCUUCCUCUUCCUCAUCCGCAUCCUCAUCCUCAACAAACGCAACACUUCAAACCCUCUCGAAAUUCCGAUCCAACCCCCUCGCCCUCUGGCGCGGCUACACCGCACUCGCAGGGCGCAACUUACCUUUUACAGCGAUGCAAUUCCCCUUGCUAGAACGCUUGAAGGAAUCGAUUAAGCAGUACCGCGAUGAGCGCGGACUAACCCGUGGUACGAUUGUGGAAAGUGGGUGUAUCACUGCGUUUAGUGCUGGUACGGCUGGGGCUGUGGCGGCGGUGAUUACGACGCCGAUUGAUGUGGUUAAGACGCGGAUUAUGCUUGCGGCGGGUGAGGGGCCGGGCGAGGCGAAGGAGGGGAUUAAGAGUGCGGCGAGGGAUUUGAUACAGGAGGGUGGGAAGGGGAGGAAGAGUAGUUGGGGGAUUGGAAGAGAGAUUGUGGCGGAGAAGGGGGUGAAGGGAUUGUGGAGAGGUGGUGCGCUGAGGGCUGUGUGGACGUUUGUGGGUGCGGGAUUGUAUUUGGGGGCGUAUGAGACGGGGAGGGUGUAUCUUGCUAGUCGGCGAGGGGAUGACAUUAGUGAAGAGGAUUUGAUGUAGGUGUGAUUGUUGGGAAUGAAAAGAGAAGACAUGUCUUCGGUAGAAACAGAACAAACGGGCUUUAGACGAUCUCAGAUGAAUGAACGCUGC